AUGCUCAUCUUCUCCGGCAAGUUCAGCUACGCCCCCUACGCCACCAACGAACUGUUCUCGGUCGUCUUCCGCGACAACGUCCAGACCGGGGACCGUGUGGCCGUUAUCCUUCAGUGGUCCAAGGAUGCAGGCGGGCAGGUGAAGUCCAACUCGAACCACCAUGGCACGGUCAGCAAGGUGUCUACCAAUGGGUCCGGGGAGAAGGAGAUCGAGUUCUUCCAGAAGGAGAAGGACAGCACCUACUAUUGGUAUAAGGGAAGAGUGUCGGGCGAGACGAUGACUUUGAGUAUGUGGAAUAAAGGCGGGGAGGAGGUUACCAAGGAUAUCAAGCUGCAGCUUGUGUUCUUCUGA